AUGGCGAAUGAUGCGCAGCCGACAACCAAGAAGGUCGUCAUAUCUGCCUUUGGCGACGUCUCCAAUGUCCACAUCGUGACGGAACCCAUGCCGCCCCCGUCGCCAAACGAAGUCCAAGUUGGCAUCAUCUACAGCGGCUUCUCCGGAGCAGACAUCCACAUGCGUCUGGGCCGGUACCCCCAGCAGCCCUCUGCACCUCUCACGCCGGGAUACUGCCUCGUCGGCCGCGUCAAGGCCAACGGCUCCGCGUGCACCAAGUUCCGGGCCGGCGACCGGGUCGCCGCGCUGACAGUGUACGGCUCCCAGUCCGAGCUGGUCAACGUCCCGCAGGGCAAGCUGAUUCCCGUCCCGGCCGGCAUCGACUCGCAAGUCGCCUGCGCCCUGGUCCUCGACUGGGCGACCGCGUACGCCAUGGUCUUCCACACGGCCAGGGUGGCCGAGAAGCAGCGCGUCUUUGUGCACGGCCUCAGCGGCGCCGUGGGCCAGGCCAUCAUGGCCCUGUCGCAGCUGCGAGGAGCGACAGUCUACGGCACCUCGUCGGAGAGAAACCACGGGGACCUCGAGAAGAUGGGCGCUGUGCCGUUCUCGUAUAAAGACCAGAGGUGGAUCAAGGAGAUGCAGGACCUGGGCGGUGCCCAUGCCGUCUUUGAUGCUCUCGGGUUUGAAAGCUUUGACCGGUCGUACUCUAUUCUGUGCGACCGUGAGCCGGCUCGGCUGGUUGGCUACGGAGCAAACCUGCCGUAUCUCGGUGAUGACAAGGGCAAAUAUGGAUCGCCGGUCCCGAGCGUCGCCAAGAUGCUGCUGCGGAAUGCGGCCGUGUGGAGCAACAAGUCGACGAGGUUUUACGACAUUAGCAAGGACAAGGACUUUACCGAGAAUCUGGCCCGGCUCAUGCAGUUGGUGCAGCAGGGCAAGCUCAAGGUUCCUAUUAAGCAGGUCUGGGGGCUGGAUGAGAUUCGAGAGGCGCAUAGCAGUUGGGGCAAGGCUCACGGGAUGGGGUCUGUUCUUAUUCGUGUCGCCGACGAAGUCACCUUGCCGUCUAUCGAAGUGUCUGCCGUUGCAGAGUCGAGUGUUUAA